AUGAUAAGGUCCCGUUGUGCGCUCACCGGGAACACUACCUGCCGGCACACGCUGACGGGUCAUAGCGGUAAAGUAAUGGCGUCUAAAUUUCUCGGCGAACCAACCAAAGUCAUCACGGGAAGCCACGACAGAACCCUUAAAAUAUGGGACCUCAGAAGUAAAAUGUGUACAGAAACGAAAUUCGCUGGUUCAUCCUGCAAUGAUCUGGUGACAUCAGAUGGCGCGGGUUCGACGAUAAUCUCGGGACAUUUCGACAAGAGAAUAAGGUUUUGGGACAUACGGACAGAAAUGUCAGCAAAUGACAUCAUGCUUCAAGGCAAAGUAACAUCGCUCGAUCUAAGUAGAGACAACAACUUCUUACUGGCUUGCGUCCGAGACGAUACAAUACAAUUAAUUGAUCUAAGGAUGAACACGAUCGUACGUUCAUUUAGUCACGAGUCGUUUAAGGUGGGCUGCGACUGGUCGCGAGCGGCGUUUGGCCCGGGCGGGCGACUAAUCUCUGUGGGCGCAGCAGACGGCGCUGUAUACGUAUGGAAUACAUAUACGGGAAGACUGGAAACGAUACUCAAAGACCACGCGUCAGCUGUGACAGCAGUGUCGUGGCACCCUCAAUCAGGAUUGCUAGCAUCUGUAGACCGCGGCAAAAGAGCCAUCAUUUGGGGCGAGUUGUGA